GGAGGAGGAGGAGGAGGACGGUUCUGCAGGGACCCUCCGCCUCCUCAUGCCCGCGCAGGGAGCGCGCCGCGCGGCUCCGAUCCGCAUCUCCAGGAUGGCAGGUCCUGCUGACGGAGGCUCGGCUCUCUGCACCGGGAUCAGACCGGCGGCCCUCUGAGGACGAUGGACCCUCUGAUCCUGUGGGGCCCCGGCUCCAGGACCGGGACCAGGACCAGGACCGAAACCAGGACCGGGAUGGACCCCAGAACCUCAGAGUGCAAACGCACACUUAGCGUGAUCCUGCUGGUGGCCGGCAUGCUGGUUUCCACGGUGACGUCAGGCUCACCUGCUGCAGGUGUGCUGGACUUUAACAGGACGGCAGAGUUUCCUUCAUCACCCUCCUCCCACCCCUCCACCCCCCCCUCCGGACCCCCGGUCCCCAGCCCUCUCUCAGAUUCCGGCCACAAUGGUGGCACAGGCUCGGCUGAGGACUCAGGUGCACAGGGGAUUCACCUACUACUGAGACCUCCAGACCUCCUGUCCCCAAGCCUCCCCCCAGCCCUGCCCCCACACACCCAGCCAACCCUCACCCCUCCUCCCCCCUGGGAGCAGGGCCCCUCCCUGGAAGAGGCCUGGGGCUCCGGAGACUACCUGGAGACUCUGUCCUUCAUGGUGCCUGAUGGGGAGGAGUUGUCCCUGGCCACACCACUACCCAACCACCCCUAUGACGAAGACCUCGGUGGGGACUGGGUCUCUUACGACACUGCCUUCCCCGCUCGCCCCACCAUCCCCCUCUCCUCGCACCUCCCUCUCUCCCCCUCCUCCUCCACCCCCAGCAUCCCCCUGCACACUCGGCCCUCCCAUCCGGACGUCUUCCCCAACUGGGACGAGGACUACGACCUGGAGGACAUGAAGCCUCUGGAGCCGACGGAGCUGCUGCUGCCGGACAUGAACAGCAUGGAGUAUUACACCAACCUGCUGGCCCGGGAGAGGGAGAGGGCGAGAGACCAGGACCGGGAGAGGGAGAGAGACCAAGAACGGGUGGACUGGACUGACUCCAAACCCCCCAUCACUCCUACAACAACACAAACCCAGGGUCCCCCUUUAACCUCGUCUCCUUCCCCAAGUGAGGAGAAGCCACCUCCACCAUCGACCACCAUAAAAACUGCUUCUCCUCCCAAUCUAAAACCCAAAGACCGUGCCCCGGCCCCGGGCAGACCCCUUCCCCGUCCCCCUUCCAACACCACCGGCCGGGUGCCUCCCCCUCCCCCGCUGGGACCUCCCACCCGUCCCGACAGACCGGAGAGGCCUCCGGUGGUCACGGAGAAGCCAAUGAAGGCUCCACCCACCAGGACCACCAACAAGGCCACAACCACUGCCAUCACCACCACCACCCAGAUCACAGCCAUCAGCCUGACCAGAGCUCCGCCGGUCACGCCACCCAGAGUGGCCCAGACCCCCCCCACCAGACAGUACCUGUGUAACAUCACCAAGCCAGAGAUGUACCUGGUCAGAGUAGUCAGUUCUAAAGGUUCCUCAGCAGGUUUCACUCAAGUCAGAGACCUUCUGAGGAGAGAGUUCAACCGUUCUGUGGAGCUCCAGUUUCUAAGAACUCCGUCCAGUUUUGCCUUCCGUGUCGUGUCAGGACCGCUGAUCUUCACGGCGAUGUCGGUCAUCAACACGCUCCGCCACCCGCCCCGCGGGUCUGGCCCGAUGCCCGGCGUGGCGACGCUUUACACCGUACCUGACCUCAGGUACCAGCUCCACUUUGUGCUGCAGUUCGUCCCCGCCCACGUCGACGUCAGAGUCUGUAACUUCAGCGAGCGCGUGGAGAGCGGGCUGGUGAUGGCGUACGCCGAGACGCGGAGGCGAUCACACGAGGCCGGAAACGUCACCGUGCAGCUGUUGAACAUCACCAUGUCGGUCAGUCGGCCGCUAGCGGCAGCGGAGCAGAAGGUUUCCGUCGACGUCACCUUCGCGGUGCGCGAUGGGCGAGACUACCUGCUGGGGUCAGAGGUCAGCGAACACCUGAGGAAGCUCAGUCUGGUCGAGUUCAGCUUUUACGUUGGAUUUCCUGCUCUUCAGAUCGCAGAACCUUUCCACUACCCGGAGCUGAACACGUCUCACCACCUGCGCUCCACCUGGGUCCGUACAGUCCUGUUGGGGGUGUCGGAGCAGCUGGUGGCCGAGCGAAGCUUCAAAGCUCGUCUGGAGAGACGUCUGGCUCUGCUGCUGGAGGAGAGUCUGCAGGCCGCCAGCAGGGGGCGCUGGAGGAGAGCGACAGCUGUGGGCAACAACAGUCUGCAGGUGGUGCGGGUGGCGAGACUGUCGGGGGUGGAGCGUCUCCUGGAGGUCUUCUACUUCGUGGAGGGUCCAGGUGGUGAGCGGAUUCCUGCCGAGGCGAUGGCAGUCACCCUGAACCGCCUGGAUCUUCAGAGAGCCGCCAUCGUCCUCGGACACCGCGUCCAGAGGCCCAUCGCUCAACCUGUGGAGACCCUGUCUGUACCUCCAGCGGAGACUGAGAGCAGCAGCAUCUGGCUGAUCGUCGGUGUGGUCGUCCCCGUGCUGCUGGCGCUCUUCAUCAUCAUCAUCCUCUACUGGAAGCUGUGCGGCUCAGAGAAGCUGGAGUUCCAGCCGGACGCCAUCAACACCAUCCAGCAGAGGCAGAAGCUUCAGGCUCCGAGCGUCAAAGGCUUCGACUUCGCCAAGCUGCACCUGGGGCAGCACAGCAAAGACGACAUCAUGGUGAUCCAGGAGCCUGGCCCGCUGCCCGCCCCCGCCAAAGAGGCCACGCCCUCCGACGGCGGAGACCUCAACACGCCCAAAUCUAAAGGCUCGUCCACAAAGGUGCCACGGACCAGCCACCGCCGGGGCAGACUCAGCCCGUCAGAUGGAGACUCGUUAGGCAGCGACCAAUCAAGCGGCAGAGAAUCGGCAGAAGAGAGCACACGACCUGUGGCCACGCCCACCGAGGGGAAACAGCACAGGAAGACGCCCAAAAAUGGGAGGAGCAAGUUGGGCGGCGGUCCAGACGAGCUCCUGUCCUCGUCCUCCAUCUUCGACCACGUGGACCGUCUGUCCCGCGGUUCGUCCGACGGAACGCGUCGUCAGGCCAACAAGGUGCAGCUGAUCGCCAUGCAGCCGCGGCCGAGCCCGCCGACGCAGCACCCGCCCCACCUGAGCCCCACCCUCACCGAGAAGGUCAGCACAGAGGUGGCGCUGAGACACAAGUCCGAGAUCGAGCAUCACCGGAACAAACUCCGGCAGCGCGCCAAGAGGCGGGGUCAGUGCGAGUUUCCCUCCAUGGACGACAUCAUGGACGCAUUCGGAGACGGACCGGUGCAGAGCGAGGUGGCGCAGCGUCUCUAUAGCUCCGCCCACGACCACAUGGACUGCAUCCUGCAGGCCAACAACCAAUCGCCUCCCACCCCCACCAACUCCAGGAGGAGAGGGAGACGCUCUCCUCGAGGUCGACGAGCUCAGCCGGGACCUGGAAGUCUUCCUGAUACAGACCGAGACCGGCUGCUCACUGAUCACAGCGCCACCUACAGGAAAUACCCAGGACUCAACAACGUGGCCUACAUGUCGGACCCUGACCUACCCCCGGACCACGGGAGCCCCUCCCCUACUGAUGAGGUGUUUGACUCAGCCCCGCCCCCCUACAUGCCCCCCCAGCCCUCAAUCGAGGAGGCACGGCAGCAGAUGCACUCCCUAUUGGAUGACGCCUUCGCCCUGGUGUCGCCAUCUUCGCAGGGCAGCGCCGGGGUGAGCGGGGUAAGCCCUGCCCUGCCCAGCCCCUCUCCCCAGGCCCGCCCCCCAGGCAGGCAGUGGUGCUCUUACCCAGCUGCCCCCUCUCACAGCCCCUUCUCUGACAGAUACGCAGAGCUGGGAAUGUCUACAACAUCAGUCCAGGGCCUGCUGCAUAGGCAGGGUCUAAGCUCAGCAGGGUAUGUUUCUACUGGAGACCAGAUGCAGGAGUCGGUUUACUCUAGCAGGAGGCAGUACGAGGACCCCCCCUCCUCGUCCAGGCCACGACCUGUAGGGGGCAGCACAGGUGCGCAGCUCCACCACUUGACCCAGGUGGGUUUGUCCAGUCAGAUUGGCGCGUACCCUGGGGUGGGUCGCAGCAUGUCUGGUCCCACUGGCUCUAGCUGGAACCAGCAGCACUCAGACCAGGAUCUGUCCAGACGAGAAGCCAGCAGAGAGAGUGUGCUGUCGUUUCCGGAGUUCUCCUCUUCCUCUGUUUUCCAGAUGCCCAGCUCCUCGCUAAGGGACCCAUCUGCUCCCCCUCUCCUUCUGACCUCACCGACUCCCGAGUAUCCGCCAGAGGACGCCUCACCCUCUGCCCACACCUCCGCAUCCCUUAUAAAGGCUAUCAGGGAGGAACUGCGACGUCUGGCCCAGAAACAGACUGCAGUGACCAGCUACCCUUAGACUGCUCUGGACUUGCUUGGAUCAGAACUCCACUGGUUUCAACCAUUAUAGUUUUAAACCACUUAGAGCCUGGAAAGAGUGGAUUAAAACCCUAUAACUAACUGAUCCACAGUCUGAACUCUCUUGAGCUAAUCUACGUCUGUGCCGCUAAACCCAAAAUGACUCUGGACCACAAUCCAUAUCUGACUGAAAGACCUCCGGUACUUUACAGGGCCCCGUCUGUCUGUCCGUCAUCCUUCAGCUCAGUGUUUCAUUAGAGUUUGACAUUUCCAUUGAAGUGCUUCCUGGAAUGGAUCAUUUGAUGAUCAUCCUUCAGAAACCUCCAGAGUAGACCACCCUUCUUGUACUUCUGGAGUGGAUGGUUGCUCUCAACCUUCUGGAAGGGAUCAUUCCACUGGGAGAUCUGAUAAGGUUGUCCUUUCUGGCCUGCUGGAGCAAAUCAUUUCUCCUGACCCACUGGAGUCGAGUAUCCUUCCGGAGUGGAUGGUCGCUCUCCCAUUUGAAGGGAAUGGUCCCCGCCACCUUCGAGGGUAGCUCAUUAGUCCUGACAAUCUGGAAUGAAUCAUCUCUACUCACCUUCCAGAAUGAAUGAUCUUUUCCUGGACACUGAUGGUCUGGAUCUGUCGUCCAGACCAUCCGGAAGUGGAAGUUCACUCCUGACCUUCUGGAUUCAAUCGUCCCUCCUUAAGUUCUGAAGUGGAUUGUCACUCUGGACCUUCUGUGGUGCUAACCGCCAGCCUCAUACCAUCUCCUCAUUGACCACUUAUUGCCUUCCACACUCCCAUCAGCGACGGGGAUCAGGUCACCGUUCAUAAACCAUAUCAAUGAGGGUCUGCACAGCUGGAGGUGGCAUACAGUUCUUAUGGCAAAGGGACGCAAAACAGGAAAGAAGUAUAUAUGAAUAUCUAUAAGAAUUCACGAGUAUCUGUAAAGAGAUUGAAUUCCAAUGAGCACAAUAUUAAUGUAAGUUAUUAUUGGAGUAUUGAGAUGUUACUUAUUUUUAUUGCUUGUAUAUGAAAGUAUACUUUAAAUAUUUUAUUUUCAUCCAAAAAAGACCUAACUACUGUUCAAUGGUUGUGUUUGAGCUCUUUGUAGACUUUAAGCCAGCGCUUGUUUCUCUGUGGAGACGUUGUUUAGCGUAGCUGCUCGCUCGUGUGUUUGUGUAUCGGUGGCAAUGAAAACAAUAUUGCGCUAAUGCAUUGCUUUGAUAUCAAGUUUUUUAAUUGCUGAUUUGUUGCAUCCAUCAGUGCAUGAGCCGAACGCUAUAGAUGAGUUCAUCACGUCACAGAUGGGUACAAAUAAAUGGGAAACCAGUCAUUCAUCUCAACCAGCAACUAAAGGUACUCAUGAGUUCCCCCAAGAGGACAACAUUGUUAUUGCACACAAGAAAACAUCAGAUCAAAGAUACCCUUAAAAGCUCUUUUUGUCUCCUCGGGGUACACCACAGCACAACUUUCAGAUGAGAAGCCGUUAGCAGUAGCUGCCUCAGUAGUACCCCCUUGUGGUAUACCAGAACACAACUUCUCUAUUACAGUUCCAUAUCAUCCUGUCAUGCAGUGUUAAGCAUAACUUACACAUGAGGACUAUACCUUCAUUUUGCUAGGAACUAUGGGUACUCUUCCUGUCUGAACAUUAUGAUUCAGCCUUAAUCUUCAUGAAUGACUGGUUCCCGUCUCUGCCGGUUGGCUGUUUUCUCUGUCGUGUUGUGAAGAAGUGGGUCACUCCUAAUGAGGGUUUGUUGGUCUCUGCCCUUCUUCAGCAUGUUGGACUCAGUUUGAGGUUUCGCUCCUCGUGAUGUUCCAGUUAAUGUUCAGCAUGCUGCUAAAAGAUGUUCAAAACAAAGAUUAAAAAAGUAAAGCGUUGCUCCACGUCGAGUUAAGGCUGAGCAAAGAGAACCAGAAAACCAUCGCUCAUCCAACUGCACAAUGAAAAAAAAAAAUAUUCAUAUGAAACAUGUUUUUUUUGCAUUUGCUAAAUAUAUUUUUCAAAUCUAGAUAAAGAUGGUUCCAGUAAACAGUGUAUACAUGAAAGUGGAUAUGAUGUUAAAUAGAAAGCAUAAUAUAUAGAACAUAAUGUAUCUGUGAUUGCUCUGCCGGCUUCAGUGCCAACACAUCCUUCACCGGCUCAACACUUUUUGAUAGGACCUGGCACCUAUCAGUCAAGCAGUAUGACUUGGCCCCGCCCACAGGAUCCCAUGGUGCUAACUCAAUGACUCAACGACACUCGUCAAAGGGUUGAACUACAGGAAGAAGUUCAACCGAUGAAUGUUUUCUAGAGCUGAGAUCCUCAAAGACGAGCAGUCGCACUGGGGAGGUUCAGCCCGAUUCACACGGGACCCCCUCACCCUGACCAGGCGAGAUCACCUCAGACCAGGUGAAAUCACCCAGGUGAGAUCCCCUUAGACCAGGUGUGAUCACCUCAGACCAGAUGAGAUUACCUCAGACCAGGUGUGAUCCCCUCAGACCAGGUGAGAUCCCCUUAGACCAGGUGUGAUCACCCUUUCCAGGCGAGAUCACCUCAGACCAGGUGAAAUCACCCAGGUGAGAUCCCCUUAGACCAGGUGUGAUCACCUCAGACCAGGUGAGAUCACUUCAGACCAGGCGAGAUCACCUCAGACCAGGUGAAAUCACCCAGGUGAGAUCCCCUUAGACCAGGUGUGAUCACCUCAGACCAGGUGAGAUCACUUCAGACCAGACGAGAUCACCUCAGACCAGGUGAAAUCACCCAGGUGAGAUCCCCUUAGACCAGGUGUGAUCACCUCAGACCAGGUGAGAUCUCCUCAGACCAGGUGUGAUCCCCUUAGACCAGGUGUGAUCACCUCAGACCAGGUGAGAUCACUUCAGACCAGGCGAGAUCACCUCAGACCAGGUGAAAUCACCCAGGUGAGAUCCCCUUAGACCAGGUGUAAUCACCCAGGUGAAAUCACCCAGGUGAGAUCCCCUUAGACCAGGUGUAAUCACCCAGGUGACAUCACCUCAGACCAGGUGUGAUCCCUCAGACCAGGUGACAUCACCUCAGACCAGGUGUGAUCCCUCAGACCAGGUGACAUCACCUCAGACCAGGUGGGAUCCCUCAGACCAGGUGACAUCACCUCAGACCAGGUGUGAUCCCUCAGACCAGGUGACAUCACCUCAGACCAGGUGUGAUCCCUCAGACCAGGUGUGAUCCCUCAGACCAGGUGAGAUCCCUCAGACCAGGUGUGAUCCCUCAGACCAGGUGAGAUCCCUCAGACCAGGUGACAUCACCUCAGACCAGGUGUGAUCCCUCAGACCAGGUGACAUCACCUCAGACCAGGUGAGAUCCCUCAGACCAGGUGUGAUCCCUCAGACCAGGUGAGAUCCCUCAGACCAGGUGACAUCACCUCAGACCAGGUGUGAUCCCUCAGACCAGGUGUGAUCCCUCAGACCAGGUGAGAUCCGGUGAAGCUGCCUCGUGGAAACUGUUUUAAUGUGCAGUGACCUCACCUGCUCUCGCCCCCAGGUGAGUGGUCAGCUGGUCUGCGUCACAUGACAGGACUCUGAAAGAUUGUGUGAACAAACAUUAAAGAGAUGUGUU